CAGACGAGGGCACUGAUGCGCCAAUAUGAGCAUAAAAUUCCCCAGAAGAAGAAGAGCGUUUACUUUAUUUGUUUAGUGUCUUCUGUGUUUUCUAGUUCUUUUCUCAUGUCGGGCAGCAAGCUGAUGAGAGCCAUCAGAGUGAGUGAGUUUGGAGCUCCAGCUGUCCUCCAGCUGUGCUCUGGUGUGACUGUUCCUCAGCCUGCACUCAGACAGGUUUUGAUCCAUGUACGUGCCUGUGGAGUCAACCCCGUAGAGACGUACAUCCGCUCUGGAUCUUACGCCCGUAAGCCUUCCCUGCCAUAUACACCGGGUAGUGAUGUGGCUGGAGUGGUGGAAGCUGUUGGAGAGGGAGUCACUAGAGUGAAGAAAGGAGACCGUGUGUUCACCACAGCCACUGAGUCUGGAGGAUAUGCAGAGUUCACUAUAGCUGCUGACGGCUGUGUUCACAAGCUGCCUGCAGCCUUGGACUUCACCCAGGGAGCAGCCAUUGGUAUACCUUACUUCACUGCCUUCAGAGCUCUCGUUCACAAAGCUCAUGUCAAAGCUGGGGAGACCGUCCUCAUUCAUGGUGCCAGCGGAGGGGUGGGUGUAGCGGCCUGCCAGCUGUCCCGAGCUCUGGGUCUCACAGUUUUAGGGACAGCUGGGACAUCAGACGGGAUGAAGCUGGCUCUCAGUAACGGCGCUCAUCUGGCCUUUAAUCACAGAGAGGAGGGCUACACGGACAAAAUCCUGGAGGCCACAGAGGGUGGAGGAGUAGAUGUGAUAGUUGAGAUGCUGUCGAACAAGAACCUGAGCAAAGACCUUCAGAUGCUGGCCUAUGGAGGACGAGUCACAAUCGUUGGCUCCAGAGGUCCCAUAGAGAUCAAUCCCAGAGACACCAUGGCUAAGGAGAGCAGCAUCAUUGGAGUGGCCCUGUUCUUUGCAACACCGGAGGAGGAGAAGGAGUGUGCAGCUCUGCUCUACGCAGGAAUGGAAGCUGGUUGGCUGCGGCCAGUCGUUGGUUCCCAGUAUCCGCUGGACAAAGCUGCUCAGGCCCACCAUGACAUCAUGGAGUCUCCCGGGGCUGCUGGGAAAAUUGUCCUGACUAUGUGAUGGUUAGCAUCAAGUGGAGCUCGGGCUGAGAGUGGAACGUCUCCACACUAACCAUCAGGAUUAGCUUAAUUAUAAAGGUUUUAAUUAAACGAUAAAUGUUGACUCACGUGUAGCACAUAACCAGGUAAAUGAAAGUAAAAUAAAGAAAGUAAGUUUAUAUAUUUCACUUUCAUACCUAAAUGUUUUCCAAAUCUGAUUUAAUUCAAAAUAAAAAUGUUUAAUCUCCAAAUUAA